AUGGAGCUGGAGGGGCGGGGGGCCGGCGGCGUGGCGGGGGGGCCGACGACUGGGCCGGGGCGGAGCCCCGGGGAGUCGGCGCUGCUGGACGGGUGGCUGCAGCGGGGCGUGGGCCGGGGGGCCGGCGGCGGGGAGGCCGGGGCCUGUAGGCCCCCGGUCCGGCAGGAGCCGGAGCCUGACCCGGACUACGAGGCGCUGCCCGCCGGAGCCACUGUCACCACCCACAUGGUGGCGGGCGCCGUGGCCGGGAUCCUGGAGCACUGCGUGAUGUACCCCGUCGAUUGUGUCAAGACCCGGAUGCAGAGCCUACAGCCAGACCCAGCUGCUCGAUACCGCAAUGUGUUGGAGGCCCUGUGGAGGAUUGUUCGAACCGAAGGCCUAUGGAGGCCCAUGCGGGGGCUGAACAUCACUGCAACUGGUGCCGGGCCUGCCCAUGCCCUGUAUUUUGCCUGCUAUGAAAAGUUAAAAAAGACAUUGAGUGAUGUAAUCCAUCCUGGGGGCAAUAGCCAUAUUGCCAAUGGUGCAGCAGGGUGUGUAGCAACAUUACUCCAUGAUGCGGCCAUGAAUCCAGCAGAAGUGGUCAAACAGAGGAUGCAGAUGUACAACUCACCGUACCAUCGGGUGACAGACUGUGUUCGGGCAGUGUGGCAGAAUGAGGGGGCUGGAGCCUUUUACCGCAGCUACACCACCCAGUUAACCAUGAAUGUCCCUUUCCAAGCCAUUCACUUCAUGACCUACGAAUUCCUGCAAGAGCACUUUAACCCACACAGACAGUACGACCCCAGCUCCCAUGUCAUCUCUGGGGCCUGUGCAGGAGCUGUAGCUGCUGCCCUCACUACCCCUUUGGACGUUUGCAAAACACUGCUCAACACCCAGGAAUCCUUGGCUUUGAACUCAAAUGUUAGUGGACAUAUCACAGGCAUGGCUAGUGCCUUCAGGACGGUGUACCAAGUAGGCGGGGUGACUGCCUACUUCCGAGGGGUGCAGGCCAGAGUCAUUUACCAGAUCCCCUCCACGGCCAUCGCGUGGUCCGUGUACGAGUUCUUCAAAUACCUAAUCACCAAACACCAGGAGGAGAGAAGGGCUGGGAAAUGAGGCGGCAUCAUCCCAGGGCUCAGUACUGCCCUGCCCCUUUUGCCCUGUCGCCACCUUCGGUUCGUGUUGGAGGGGAGGUGGAGAAGGCUUUUCUGAGGAUGUGGGUGUCAUCACCAGUGCCACUUCUUGCCAGUAUGUGUUGCAGCUCUCCUGCCUUUCCUUGCCCGGCAGAGCUUCCCCCAAGGAAGGGCAGUGCCGCACAUAGCAGCACAACAUCCACAACUCAUUUGUCAUCCUUGGCCAGGUGUCCUGCUCCAGAUCAUAGAGCGAAAAGUCGAGCUCCUUCUCCUGGUUCUGAAUAAAGAGGCUUCUUUAAAUUAAA